CCCAAGUUAGGAAUUGCAGUGCGAUCUAGCGGUCCAAAUUGAACGAAAAGCGAUAUCAGGGCUGAGCUUAAUCAAGCAGCUGCGCCUAUUGUGCGUCUUCCUCCUGAUGAUUGUCUGGUCACUCGUGCUGCUGCAUUUUAUCGUCGACUGCUAUUGCUAAAGGUGAAGUAUCUUGACUCAGUAAUUGUGGAUGAUGAAGACCAAAUGGACGAUCUUGAAAUUGAGAAUCUUGCUGAUAUUCUGGUUGUUCCUAUGCCAGAGCUUGAUAAUCUCGAAGGAGUCGCAUUGCUUAAUGCUGAGAAAUUUGCUGUAGAGGCUGAGUGUGAAGAGGCUGAUACUUAUCUAAUGCAUCCUGGUCCCCCUAAUGUGGAAUUUAGGGCUGUUACUUCAUAUCAUGUGUACUUGAUGCGAAGAGUUGAUCAAUUGGAAACUGAGAUUAGGUUGAUGGACAUCUCGCUAGGUGGUGGUGCACAAUCAAUUCCUUCGGUGAAUGGCCCGCUGAAUGCUUCGUUUAAUUCUAAUUCUGUUUGAGGUGCUGGAGGUAGAAGGCUUAGGAUCUGAACAACUUAAUGAUAUUAUUUGAUGUAGUAGUCCUUUUUGGUUGGCUUCCAUUCUUAUUUCUAUUUUUCUUUAGUUGGUGAUGCUGAGUCUGUUCCUUCCGUGAAUGGUCCUAUAAAUGCCCGUCUUGAAGUUCUUCCAGAUGAAGUUCCUGUUGGUGUUGAGAUACUUAACCAGAAUAUUCAAGCCCAUUCUGCACACUCUGCUGUUUAUGGUCAAGGUAUUUUUGUUGCGCUAACUGUUAUGUUUUGUUUAAGUAUCAGCGCAACAUCAAACAAAUAAAUAAACAAAACAUAACAGUCAGCGCAACAAAAAUACCUGGACCAUAAACAGCAGAGUGUGUAGAAUGGGCUUCAAUAUUCUGGUUAAGUAUCUCAACACCAACAGGAACUUCAUCUGGAAGAACUUCAAGAUGGGCAUUUAUAGGACCAUUCACGGAAGGAACAAACCGAGCAUCACCAACUAAAGAAAAAUAGAAAUAAGAAUGGAAGCCAACCAAAAAAGGACUACUACAUCAAAUAAUAUCAUUAAGUUGUUCAGAUCCUAAGCCUUCUACCUCCAGCAGAAUUAGAAUUAAAGGAAGCAUUCAGCGGGCCAUUCACCGAAGGAAUUGAUUGUGCACCACCACCUAAAACAACAAAGAGAAUAAGAAUAGAAACCUACCAAACUAGAUACAGAAUUAAAAUUGAGGAGCAUUCAGAGGACCAACAAGCAGUGGGUUGCCACCUAUGCAAUAAGGAUUAUUUAAGAAAGAUUUCAAGUUUGAAAAUUAAAUGACGGUAAACAAUUAUUUGUAUCAUUAGCUGGUUCUCGUCUAAUGAAAAUGGAGGAUUAUAAAAAUAAUACCACGAUAGAUUUCACAUAAGCUUUUACUUCCAGCAGAUGCAACUGCAGUAGCACCAAAACCAAGAAAAAAAUUCAACGAGUGCGAAAAAUUUACCUAGCGGGAUGUCCAUCAACCUAAUCUCAGUUUCCAAUCAACUCUUCGCAUCAAGUACACAUGAUAUGAAGUAACAGCCCUAAAUUCCACAUUAGGGGGACCAGGAUGCAUUAGAUAAGUAUCAGCCUCUACAGCAAAUUUCUCAGCAUUAAGCAAUGCGACUCCUACAUCAAUAAGACCACAGAAGUAACUCAAUUAAACAGUACCAAUGCAAGUAAAAAUAACAAUUCAAAAGUAACAGUUUGCACCCACAAGAUGAAAAGUCACCUUCGAGAUUAUCAAGCUCUGGCAUAGGAACAACCAGAAUAUCAGCAAGAUUCUCAAUUUCAAGAUCGUCCAUUUGGUCUUCAUCAUCCACAAUUACUGAGUCAAGACACUUCACCUUUAGCAAUAGCAGUCGACGAUAAAAUGCAGCAGCACGAGUGACCAGACAAUCAUCAGGAGGAAGACGCACAAUAGGCGCAGCUGCUUGAUUAAGCUCAGCCCUGAUAUCGCUUUUCGUUCAAUUUGGACCGCUAGAUCGCACUGCAAUUCCUAACUUGGGUAAUAGCCAGAACUGUUCAUAGUUCACCAGACGGAAAUUUAACACUCACAUUAGAAUUUAGAUACACAUUGAAAAUUAAAUACCUCACAUUAAUUACUUGUUUUUUUGAAAUUUAAAUAUACUAUAAGUAAUCCU